AUGUUGUAUGGAAGAAAGUGCAGGUCUCCACUGCAUUGGGAUGAGUUGGGAGAGAACAAACUCCUAGGGCCAGAUGCAGUUCAUCACACCAACGAAGCUAUUCAGAAGAUCAGGGCUAGAAUGAUCACAGCGCAGAGCAGACAGAAAUCUUAUGCAGACCUGAAGCGGAGAGACAUUGAGUUCGAAGUGGGUGAUCAUGUGUUUCUUCGAGUGACACCACGAAAAGGACUCUCGGUGAAGAGAUUUGGCAAGAGAGGGAAACUAAGUCCCAGAUAUGUUGGUCCAUUUCAGAUAUUGGAUAGAGUGGGCAGUGUAGCUUAUAGAAUAGCUUUACCGCCAUCAUUAUCUGGGGUGCACAAUGUAUUUCAUGUAUCUCAACUCCGGAAAUAUGUGUCAGACCCAUCGCAUGUUUUGAGCUAUGAAACACUGGGUUUGCAGGAGGAUUUGUCCUACAAUGAACGUCCGGUAAAGAUUCUUGAUCAAAAGGAUAGGAUUUUGAGAAAUAAGACAAUUACCCUGGUGAAAGUCCUAUGGAGAAACAGUGUGGUUGAGGAAGCUACUUGGGAGCUUGAAUCUGAUAUGCGAGAACAAUAUCCAGAAUUAUUUGAGUAA